AUGGACGAGGGCCUCGACCACUAUCGUAUUCUGGAAAUAGACGACUCGGCGGAUGAGUCGACUAUCAGACAGAAAGCCAAAGCAAAUUUCAAACGCCUGGCACUGAAGCAUCAUCCCGACAAGAACCCUGAAGACGAGAAUGCCACUUCAAGGUUCCAGAAGCUUCAACAUGCCUUGGAAGUUCUAUCUGAUGACAGGAGACGCAAACAAUACGACGCGGAGAGGGCUGGGAGCAACAGGAAGGCAGCGGCUCGUGAAGCCAGGGAAGCUGCGCAACAGGAACGGAACCGACAACAGCAAUAUAACAAGCAACGCCAACAACAGGAGUAUCAACGCCAGCAAGAGGAAGAACAACAGCGAAAGGAGCAACAGCAGAGAGAGGAAGAAGCACGACGUCAACGAGAAGAAGAACGCCAGAGAGAUGAGCAACGCCGCCAAAACCAGGAGCGCCAACAAGACCAACAACAGCGCGCCUGGGAGCGACAUGAAGCCCAGGAGGAAGCAGAAAGGCAACCCGAUCCUGGCGUUGGGAAACCAGAGCCCCCCAAGUCCACGGCCCCAACGCCGAUGAGUCGCUUGUUUGAGUCAAUUCGGUCGAACUGGACACCGAUCCUCUGGUGGUGGUUGUUCGGCUUCAUUCUUGUGUGGAUUGCAUGGUACCUCCGUGGCAACUCCACGCCUGGCGAAGCCUUCAGGGCACCACCUCUUCAGGCUCCUUUGGACGAGAUGCUGAAGGAACUUCGGAUUGGCCCAAGCCUUGCCGAAGUACAAGUUGGUUUUACUGAAAACCACAAUUUGCCUUACGAACUGCAACUGAUGGAGCAUGUUGUCGGGAGGUUGAUUGAUCCUCUGGACCACCCCUCACUCGUAGGAAAGUACUGGGAUUACUCAGCCGACGCAGUCGAUGGGGUCGUUGAGGUGUAUGUGGUCAUCAAUCGCUUAAUGGCCGAGGUUGAGCAAACAAUUGAGGCAGCCGUGUUUCAGCUGGAGGGAAUGAUACCCCCUCAGCCCCCUUUCUACUACCGACUCAUAGGGGCUCAUACGACAACAAGCAACCGGAGAAUGGACAAAGGGGCUCGUCAGGUGUUGCUCCCAAUGGCAGACUCGAUUUAUGAAACCCUGGAAGAGGCCCUCAUGAUAUUGAGGACGACCGAAUAUAGCCUCGGUAUGCUAGUAGGGACGCUUGACAAUGUAGUCAUUGCGAUUGAUGGCGAAAGCAUCCGAGAUAGAUAUCAUGGGCAGGAAGAAAGAUAUCCUGGGGAGGAACUAGUGGCAGUAAGGACCUGGGAACGCAUCUUUAGUAAGCUCUCGCCAGUCCUCUCUGACAGAAGCGCGACCGGGCCGGCUUAUUCUACGGUGACGCGAGGCAGGCCAGGGAGAGAAUCUCGAGUGCAGAAGCGACCAUGA